GGAAGAUCCAACGCAGGCAAUCAAGAAGGUCUACCAUACCAACACCCUCACGCAUACAUCCUCACACACCACACACUCACACACUCACAUACAGGAUGUCCUCCAUCGUCCUGUCAGACUCUUCUCUGGCCGAUCAGGCACUGGACAUUGCCGCACUCGUGUCCAGGUCUAAGCCAGAGGCAGAGCGAUCCGACUAUAUCAACUCUUGGAGCACAAGGGCUGCAGAAGCUGGAGAGGAUCAAGCAAAGAGGGAUGAGGUGGUACAGGCAUUGGCAGCAGAGGUCAAGACGCUGGGAGAUGGUACCGAGAGGGAGCUAGAAGGAGCACACAAUCUCCUCUCGGCAAUGAUCUUAUCGGUAGCUGACGCUGAAACAUCGCAGAAGCUAGCAGAACAGCACAUCUCAGCAGUCAUUAGCGAGUCCGGCGCAGCCUCUGCAGCAUCGCCCGCUAGGGAGAUGGUCAAGUACAGGAUCCUGUCGAACAUCUUCAACACCCUUCCCUCCACCUCUCCCCUUCGCGAGAAGAUCUUCCUCUCCAUGCUCGACCUAGCCGCUUCCAACGACGAAGUCGACCUCCUCUCCCCCGCUCUUGCUUCUCUCCCCACCUGGCUCGCACAGUGGUCCAUUCCCGAGUCGCAAAAGGCUGCAGCUCUGGAGACGGUUGCUUCGAAGCUCGAAUCGUCGGGCGACAACCUCACUCAGAAGUCGUACGACUUCAGGUUGGCUCACCUCACAUACCUCUCUACUACACCAGGAGCAGCUACCUCGAGUGAGGCUACCAAGGCAGCAGCCGAGAAGACCUUCGCUACUGCUCUUUCCCUGCCCAAGAUCUUCGAGUUCGAUGCUCUCCUCAAGCUCUCGGCAGUCGAGUCGUCCCUCUCCUCUUCAUCCCUCUUCUCGCUACUGAAGCUCCUGGUGCAGGGUUCCUACCAAGACUGGACAAAGUGGAUCGCAGAAGGCAGCAAUGCUUCUGACCUCUCUCGACUGCAGGUAGACAAGUCCGUCGUUGAGCGCAAGGUGCGGCUGCUGGAGGUUGCCUCUCUCUGCUCAAGAGCAGUCGAAGCAGCAAAGUCCUCUUCCUCUUCAGCUGUCAAGACUUCUUCGGACGAAAGUGCCUCUGCCCCUUCCGCUCCUUCUUCCACAGCCGAAGUCCCCUACUCCCAGCUCUCAUCUGCAAUCGACGUCCCCUCCUCUGACGUGGAGAGCUGGAUCAUCGAUGUGAUCCGCGCCGGUCUCAUCAGCGGGAAGCUCUCCCAGGUAAACCAGAGUCUGAGAGUGUACCGCUCUACCUACCGCACCUUUGGGAGGGAGCAGUGGACUCUUUUGGAAGGGAGACUGCAAGAAUGGGAUCGGGCUAUUGAUGGGAUUUUGGCCACAUUGGGAGGUGCGACUAGGGGUCAGGUGAAUGGAGUGCAGGGAUCUGAUGCCGCACUUGUCGGCGCUUGAGCUCCCGAGCACCGGCGCGCUACCAGUGUCAUGUAGACAUGCGCGUCUUUCUCCAACCAAAAUGACUAGAUGGCAGUACGGACCUAUCCCGUACUGGCUGAUCGACACAUCUCUGAUUGAUGAGCUCCUGUUUGACAUCUGUGAGCCAAUCCUGACCCUUCCUUAUAGCGACAAUCACAGUCCGCACAAUCUCUUCUCCAAUGCCUCGAUGCUCACUCGUGCUCGUGCGAAUACU